AUGCAGUUCAACAAUAAGCACCACCGCCUCAGCAACCGCCUCAGCAACCGCCUCAGCAACCGCCUCAGCAACCGCCUCAGCAACCGCCUCAGCAACCGCCUCAGCCACCGCCUCAGCCACCGCCUCAGCCACCGCCUCAGCCACCGCCUCAGCAACCGCCUCAGCAACCGCCUCAGCCACCGCCUCAGCAACCGCCUCAGCCACCGCCUCAGCAACCGCCUCAGCAACCGCCUCAGCAACCGCCUCAGCAACCGCCUCAGCCACCGCCUCAGCCACCGCCUCAGCCACCGCCUCAGCCACCGCCUCAGCAACCGCCUCAGCAACCGCCUCAGCAACCGCCUCAGCAACCGCCUCAGCCACCGCCUCAGCAACCGCCUCAGCCACCGCCUCAGCCACCGCCUCAGCCACCGCCUCAGCAACCGCCUCAGCCACCGCCUCAGCAACCGCCUCAGCAACCGCCUCAGCAACCGCCUCAGCCACCGCCUCAGCCACCGCCUCAGCCACCGCCUCAGCAACCGCCUCAGCAACCGCCUCAGCAACCGCCUCAGCCACCGCCUCAGCCACCGCCUCAGCCACCGCCUCAGCCACCGCCUCAGCCACCGCCUCAGCAACCGCCUCAGCAACCGCCUCAGCAACCGCCUCAGCCACCGCCUCAGCCACCGCCUCAGCCACCGCCUCAGCCACCGCGCCCGCCUCAGCCACCGCCUCAGCAACCGCCUCAGCAACCGCCUCAGCAACCGCCUCAGCAACCGCCUCAGCAACCGCCUCAGCAACCGCCUCAGCAACCGCCUCAGCCACCGCCUCAGCAACCGCCUCAGCAACCGCCUCAGCCACCGCCUCAGCCACCGCCUCAGCCACCGCCUCAGCAACCGCCUCAGCCACCGCCUCAGCACCGCCUCAGCAACCGCCUCAGCAACCGCCUCAGCAACGCCUCAGCCACCGCCUCAGCAACCGCCUCAGCAACCGCCUCAGCAACCGCCUCAGCAACCGCCUCAGCAACCGCCUCAGCACGCCCCCGCUCAGCGACCGCGCCUCAGCCACCGCCUCAGCGACCGCCUCAGCAACCGCCUCAGCAACCGCCUCAGCCACCGCCUCAGCCACCGCCUCAGCCACCGCCUCAGCAGCCACCGCCUCAGCCUCCGCCUCAGCACCGCCUCAGCACGCUCACCGCCUCAGCAACCGCCUCAGCAACCGCCUCAGCACCGCCUCAGCAACCGCCUCAGCAACCGCCUCAGCAACCGCCUCAGCACCGCCUCAGCAACCGCCUCAGCAACCGCCUCAGCAACCGCCUCAGCAACCGCCUCAGCCACCGCCUCAGCAACCGCCUCAGCAACCGCCUCAGCAACCGCCUCAGCAACCGCCUCAGCAACCGCCUCAGCAACCGCCUCAGCAACCGCCUCAGCAACCGCCUCAGCAACCGCCUCAGCAACCGCCUCAGCAACCGCCUCAGCACCGCCUCAGCAACCGCCUCAGCAACCGCCUCAGCAACCGCCUCAGCCACCGCCUCAGCCACCGCCUCAGCCACCGCCUCAGCAACCGCCUCAGCAACCGCCUCAGCCCCACCGCCUCAGCAACCGCCUCAGCCACCGCCUCAGCACCGCCCACCACCGCCUCAGCAACCGCCUCAGCAACCGCCUCAGCAACCGCCUCAGCACCGCCAGCAACCGCCUCACCUCAGCAACGCCUCAGCCACCGCCUCAGCCACCGCCUCAGCACCGCCUCAGCAACCGCCUCAGCAACCGCCUCAGCAACCGCCUCAGCCUACACCGCCUCAGCCACCGCCUCAGCCACCGCCUCAGCCACCGCCUCAGCACACCGCCUCAGCACACCGCCUCAGCCACCGCCUCAGCAACCGCCUCAGCAACCGCCUCAGCAACCGCCUCAGCACCGCCUCAGCACCGCCUCAGCCACCGCCUCAGCCACCGCCUCAGCAACCGCCUCAGCACCGCCUCAGCACCGCCUCAGCCACCGCCUCAGCCACCGCCUCAGCACGCCUCAGCACCGCCUCAGCCACCGCCUCAGCACCGCAACCGCCUCAGCAACCGCCUCAGCAACCGCCUCAGCCACCGCCUCAGCCACCGCCUCAGCCACCGCCUCAGCCACCGCCUCAGCAACCGCCUCAGCAACCGCCUCAGCAACCGCCUCAGCAACCGCCUCAGCAACCGCCUCAGCAACCGCCUCAGCAACCGCCUCAGCACCGCCUCAGCCACCGCCUCAGCCACCGCCUCAGCAACCGCCUCAGCACCGCCUCAGCCGCCUCAGCCACCGCCUCAGCCACCGCCUCAGCACCCCUCAGCCACCGCCUCAGCACCGCCUCAGCCUCAGCCCGCCUCAGCCACCGCCUCAGCCACCGCCUCAGCAACCGCCUCAGCACCGCCUCAGCAACCGCCUCGCACCGCCUCAGCACCGCCUCAGCCACCGCCACACCGCCUCAGCAACCGCCUCAGCAACCGCCUCAGCAACCGCCUCAGCCACCGCCUCAGCACCGCCUCAGCAACCGCCUCAGCAACCGCCUCAGCAACCGCCUCAGCAACCGCCUCAGCAACCGCCUCAGCAACCGCCUCAGCAACCGCCUCAGCAACCGCCUCAGCAACCGCCUCAGCAACCGCCUCAGCACCGCCUCAGCCACCGCCUCAGCACCGCCUCAGCAACCGCCUCAGCCACCGCCUCAGCACGCUCAGCCGCCUCACCGCCUCAGCCACCGCCUCAGCACCGCCUCAGCCAACCGCCUCAGCCACCGCCUCAGCCACCGCCUCAGCCACCGCCUCAGCCACCGCCUCAGCCACCGCCUCAGCACCGCCUCAGCCACCGCCUCAGCACCGCCUCAGCACCGCCUCAGCAACCGCCUCAGCCACCGCCUCAGCAACCGCCUCAGCCACGCCUCAGCCACCGCCUCAGCCUACCGCCUCAGCAACCGCCUCAGCCACCGCCUCAGCCACCGCCUCAGCAACCGCCUCAGCCACCGCCUCAGCAACCGCCUCAGCAACCGCCUCAGCCACCGCCUCAGCCACCGCCUCAGCCACCGCCUCAGCCACCGCCUCAGCCAACCGCCUCAGCACCGCCUCAGCCACCGCCUCAGCCACCGCCUCAGCAACCGCCUCAGCCAACCGCCUCAGCCACCGCCUCAGCCACCGCCUCAGCCCUCAGCCACCGCCCCUCAGCCACCGCCUCAGCCACCGCCUCAGCCACCGCCUCAGCCACCGCCUCAGCCACCGCCUCAGCCACCGCCUCAGCACCGCCUCAGCCACCGCCUCAGCACCGCCUCAGCACCGCCUCAGCACCGCCUCAGCCCGCCGCCUCAGCAACCGCCUCAGCAACCGCCUCCUCCGCUCAGCACCGCCUCAGCCACCGCCUCAGCCACCGCCUCAGCCACCGCCUCAGCAACCGCCUCAGCCACCGCCUCAGCAACCGCCUCAGCCACCGCCUCAGCCACCGCCUCAGCCACCGCCUCAGCCACCGCCUCAGCAACCGCCUCAGCCACCGCCUCAGCCACCGCCUCAGCCACCGCCUCAGCAACCGCCUCAGCAACCGCCUCAGCCACCGCCUCAGCAACCGCCUCAGCAACCGCCUUAG